AGGAGCGACGAGCCCAAACCUUUCCACCCGUCGUCGUCCUCGGCUAAUCCGCCGCGCCUCCGAUACUCCCAAGGCAGCGCCAGCGGCAACAACAGCAGCAGCAAGCGAGGGGCAGCCACCAUCUCAUUAGACUCCUCGCAAAGCCUCCCCGCCAGGCCCCUCUUCCCCCACCGCAAUGGCUGGCCUCCUCCAGCUCCACUCCACGCUGCUCCCCUCGGCGUCCGCGCUCCGCCGCCGUGCGGGCGCGCCAGGGCCCUCCGUGUCCCGCCGCCGAUGCCGGGUCGAGGCUAAGAUCCGGGAGAUCUUCAUGCCGGCGCUCAGCUCCACCAUGACCGAGGGCAAGAUCGUCUCCUGGACCGCCGCCGAAGGCGACCGCCUCGCCAAGGGCGACCCCGUCGUCGUGGUCGAGUCCGACAAGGCCGACAUGGACGUCGAGACCUUUCAUGACGGCUUCCUCGCCGCCGUCCUCGUGCCCGCCGGCGAGUCCGCGCCCGUCGGCUCCGCCAUCGCGCUCCUCGCCGAGUCCGAGGAGGAGAUCCCGGCCGCCCAAUCACAGGCAGCCUCCUUCUCCUCCUCUGCCCCCGCUGCCUCACCUCCGGCUCCGCAAGAAACUGCCGCCCAAGAAGCUUCUCCUCCCCCGCCACCGCCUCCUCCCCCAGCACCGGUCGCAGUCUCCGCUCCCGCGCCGCCUUCGCCGGCAGCACAAGACGGGGCGCGCGUCGUUGCGUCGCCCUACGCCAAGAAGCUGGCCAAGGACCUCGGCGUCGAUCUUUUCUCUGUCACGGGGUCAGGCCCCGGUGGGCGAAUUGUGGCCAAGGAUGUUGAGGUCGCGCUUGCUGCGCCCAAGAAGGCGGCAGCGCCUGUGGCUGCUGCACGGCCCGAUGUGCCAUUGGGUUCGACAGUGCCAUUCACGACAAUGCAGGGUGCUGUGAGCAAGAACAUGGUGGAGAGCCUUGCUGUCCCGACAUUCAGAGUCGGGUACACCAUCACCACUGAUGCUCUUGAUCAGCUCUACAAGAAAAUUAAGUCGAAGGGGGUAACAAUGACAGCACUACUGGCUAAAGCGACAGCAAUGGCGCUGGCUCAGCAUCCUGUAGUGAACUCCAGCUGCAGGGAUGGGAAGAGCUUCACAUACAACAGUAGCAUCAACAUUGCUGUCGCAGUGGCCAUAGAUGGUGGGCUGAUUACGCCUGUGCUUCAGGAUGCUGAUAAGGUUGACAUUUAUUCACUGUCAAGGAAAUGGAAGGAGUUGGUAGAUAAGGCGCGAGCGAAGCAGCUGCAGCCCCAUGAGUAUAACUCUGGCACAUUUACUCUUUCAAACCUUGGCAUGUUUGGAGUUGAUAGAUUUGAUGCAAUCUUGCCACCGGGAACUGGAGCAAUCAUGGCCGUUGGAGCAUCAGAACCAACUGUUGUUGGUACAAAAGAUGGUAGAAUUGGGAUCAAGAGCCAAAUGCAGGUCAAUGUUACUGCUGAUCAUCGCGUUAUUUAUGGAGCUGAUCUUGCCGCUUUUCUGCAAACACUCUCCAAGAUUAUUGAGGAUCCCAAGGAUCUUACAUUUUAGAUACACCUAUUGAUUGUUUUUGCCUGAACAAUCAGAACUGGGUGCUUCUCACCUGUCAGUAGAUGUGUAGAGUUUGGUCUGGUCAUGUGGAUUAGUGGAUUUAAGCUGUCACCAAUGUUAGCAUUAGGUAACUUGCUCUGGUGGUUACCUUCUCAUCAUUGGCUUGUUUUUCAAUAAAUUAUUUUCUUUUUUUCUUAAUUCAAAUAGAUGUGUAAGGAUGGGUAUAUUUAUCAUUUUACCGGAGUUUUCAUGGAUAGUUGAUUUUGCUGAGCUCAUCAAUGUACCAUAACCUUGAGAUACAAAGAAUGAAAUGUACCUUGUACCGCCCUGUGGUUGAUUUCA